GCUCCAAAGGGGCUCUGCCUUAAAAGCCUUAUCAACACACUCCCAAAUCCAAUUAGACAACAUCAAAAACCAGUUGCUUAUGUUGUUGCCUUCCAUUUGUCUCCUCCAGUCACUCUUUCUCUCCAGGAGUUUAGGGUGGGGGUGGAAGAUUAGGGGGGCGAUUCCCCCCGAUGCUGAGCUGAUUGGUCAGAUCCAGGACACCGAUGGGUCAUUGUUCUCUGGGGUGGGUCACUGGGUUGCUUAAAGUUCCAGUUCGCUUGGGUGCCUCCCCUUUCCUGGUAAUCCUGAGAGGCCAGAGAGGUUCCAGGCCAAAUCUGUGCCAUACAGCAAGCCCAGUCAGACAUACUUUCUCUCUCUGAUUCCUCUUCCACUCACGUGUCUAGCAUUCUCUGGGAUCAUGAGAUUUAUUUGAUAAUGGGAAGGAGUUAGCCCUGCCUGAUAAAUUUGGUUAGACACUAUUGCUGCAUCCGAUAUGAGAUGGGAAAUAAAACAGUGCUGGAUUCUUAACCCAGAAAAUAUUGCAGCCUGAUUGGUUUAGCCGGUGGCAGGUCAAAGAGGCACUGAACUUCUCAGGCCAUUAUCCCAAGAGAACAUUGGAGCACUGGCAAAGAUUGUCAAAGUGCCCCUACAAUGAUAUACUGGCCCCCUGUUGCUUGGUCCCCUAUCCAUCUCUCUGUCUAUCUAUCACCAAUCUAACCUACUCUAAACUAAUCUCAGCUAGUCUAUUCCCUUUAUAGCUGAGGUUGCCUGCUGUGGAUUCAGCCUGUCAUGAACCCUGGGUCUGAUCUUGUCCUGUCAGGGUGUCAGGGGGAUCGCAAAGGGCCUUCGGUCAGGAGCUCAGAGGUGAUGCUCAAGUCUCCCUUGCCCAUGGUCUUGCCCUCUCCUUAUGCCUUGUUUUAAUAACAAGCCUCUCACCUUACUCUGUUCUUCAGCCUCCCACCCCCUCCUUAGUUCCUGUCAUGUCCUCCUGUGUUUGUGUCCCUGCCUAGGUUUCUUGCCCAGGACAGCAGUUCCCAGCACUUGGGUCCCAGCACUAGGAACCCCAGUCCCUCUGGCUGUGUCCCUGCUUCUCGCUGCCAGGCCUUCCCAGUUCCCGCUGCUUGCCUGCAUCUUCGCCACUUGCUCAUGGCCAGGCUCCCCUGCGACCACAGGCAGAGCUGUUGCCUCUGGCAGUGGAAAUGGCAUCCCAGUGUUGGGCUGCCCCAAAGCAGACAGCUACCGCCCCGAUGUGCCCUUCUGCUCCCCACUCUGCCCACAGCACUUCCUCACAGCCCUGGGGGGGCUCGUGGCCGUGCCGCUCAUCCUGGCCAAGGACCUGUGUCUGCAGCAUGAUCCACUGACCCAGAGCUACCUCAUCAGUACCAUUUUCUUUGUCUCUGGCAUCUGUACCCUCCUGCAAGUGUUUUUAGGAAUCAGGCUGCCCAUUCUCCAGGGAGGGACAUUUUCCUUUUUGGCACCCUCCCUGGCCAUGCUCUCCCUUCCCUCCUGGAAGUGCCCCGAGUGGACAUUCAAUGCCACCCAGGUGGAUGCCGACUCUCCUGAAUUCACUGAGGAAUGGCAGAAGAGGCUACGAGAGUUGCAGGGUGCCGUCAUGGUCGCCUCCUGUGUCCAGAUACUUGUGGGCUUCUCGGGCCUCCUUGGCAUUCUCAUGCGCUUUAUUGGCCCGUUGACCAUUGCUCCGACCAUCUCCCUGGUGGCUCUGCCCCUCUUCGAUUCUGCAGGGAACGACGCUGGGAGCCACUGGGGCAUCGCAGCCAUAACCAUCUUCCUCAUCGUGCUGUUUUCUCAGUAUCUGAAAAACGUCGCCUUGCCUGUACCUGUUAAAGGACAAGUGAAGAAAUGUCACUCCUCCAAGUUCUACCUGUUUCAGGUCUUCCCUGUGCUGCUGGCACUCUGCAUCUCCUGGCUCAUCUGCUUCGUGCUCACGGUCACCAACACCCUCCCCUCGGCCCCCACGGCCUAUGGGUAUGGGGCCCGUACUGACAUCAAAGGCAAUGUCCUGAGCCAGGCCCCUUGGUUUCGCAUCCCGUAUCCAGGACAGUGGGGUCUGCCUACCGUCAGCCUGGCUGGGGUCUUUGGCAUCAUCGCAGGGGUGAUCUCCUCCAUGGUAGAAUCAGUGGGCGAUUAUUAUGCCUGUGCCCGGCUAGUGGGGGCCCCAGCCCCUCCGCAGCACGCCAUCAACCGUGGCAUCGGCAUCGAGGGUCUCGGCUGCCUGCUGGCAGGAAUCUGGGGGACAGGAAAUGGAACCACCUCCUACAGCGAGAAUGUUGGGGCACUAGGCAUCACCCGGGUGGGGAGCAGGAUGGUGAUUGUCGCCGCGGGCUGUGUGCUGCUCCUGAUGGGUGUAUUUGGGAAGAUUGGAGCUGCAUUUGCCACCAUCCCACCCCCUGUGAUCGGAGGCAUGUUCAUGGUGAUGUUUGGAGUCAUCGUUGCUGUGGGGAUUUCUAAUCUGCAGUAUGUGGACAUGAACUCAUCCAGGAACCUCUUUGUCUUUGGCUUCUCCAUCUACUGUGGACUCGUCAUUCCCAACUGGGUGAACAAGAACCCCGAGAAGCUCCAGACAGGGAUUCUCCAACUGGACCAGGUCAUCCAGGUGCUGCUGACCACAGGCAUGUUUGUUGGUGGAUUUAUGGGUUUUCUACUGGACAACACCAUCCCUGGAAGUCAGGAGGAGAGAGGCCUCCUGAUCUGGAAUCAACUCCAGGAGGAGUCUGAGGAGACUGUGAGGUCCUUGGAGGUCUACCGCCUCCCCUUUGGGAUCGGCACCAAGUUCUGCACUUCCUCCUGUGUCCGAUACCUCCCCUUCUGGCCCAGGCUGGAGCAUGGAGGGAAAGGUGAGGAGGGAGUGACCCAGCUCACCCUCUGCCCCCGGGUCGUCACAGGAGAGCCCCCAAAGUAUGGCACGGAAACCAGGAUGUGAGGACUGUUCUCAGGAACGCCCCAAAGCCCCUCCCCGCAAGCGUGUGCUGAUCUCCCUGUCUGCAGACUGGGGGGCCCCGUCUUCCCGAGCACCUCCCACCACAGGUCACUGUGACAACUAAAUAAAUAUUAGCUUAAGAUCAUGACAAGCAUGACAAGCUUCAACCCAGUCACUUAGUCACGGCAGACUAACCCCAAGCCGUGCUAUUCUGCUGUUCUCCAGCUCUCUCAUCCUCACCCUAAGCAAGUGUAACCUGAUGUCCAUGCAGAAACUCUGCUGCGUCCGUGUGCUCUUGGGAGGGAGAGACCUGGAAUGGGACAGGGGACAGAGAUGGACUGUUUGCUGAAAGGUGACCAGGGACAGUUCUCACUUCUCCAAAGAGGCAGGAGACUCUGCUGGCCUCUCAAGGCCCAACACCUCUGUGCUCCUGCCCCCCAGGGCUGACUGCUCAGGAAUGGUGUGGCCACUCCUUAUUGUUCCUGGUCUUUCUUUCUGGUGCUCCAGCCCUGGUCCAGCUCAGGGAGCUGCGGCCUGUUUCAUGUCCCCAAGGAGAUACCGAGGCCGGACACCCUGGCCAGCAGUCAUGUGUGGUUUCAUCACACACUGCCAUCCCCUGUUCUGCCCACAAGCUCUGCAAGGGCUUUGCAGUGCUCCUUAGCCUCCCCUCCAGUAGUGAAUACCCUGCCUGGAGACACAGCCAUGGGCUGGGGGAGAUGAAACCCUUCCCAGGUUGGGGAGGGGUGCCUGGCCCAGGAAGUCAAAGUCUAGAUGUGGCAGGACAGGACUGCAGCCUUUUUGUCUACCAGAGUGGACUCUAGGCUGCUGGGAAGCUGAGCUUCAUUCUGCUGCCUUGGGCUUCUCCAGCAAUUUCCACCAUUUCCCUAGGGGACUCGGACUUAUGCCUUUUAUUUUUGAUGGGCUCUUGGUUCCACUAGCAAGAAAGAAAACACCUCCUCCCCCACCAAGAAUUCCACCCUUACUUGACCAAACCCACUCCCUCUGCUCCCAAGAGAAAGAAGGGGGGACAUUUUGCUGCUGGGGUCAGGUAAGGGGAACAUCUAGAGACCAUUCUAGAGUAGGGAUUCCACCACCCUCUACCCACACCAGUCACCCAUCUCUGUUUGGCAUUGUGGGGGCAUUUGCACCUCUAAUGAGCUUUCCAAGGUUUGGCGAUUCCCAGUGUCUCAUCAAAAUGGACUUGACAGCUGUGUGUGAUAGAGGGGCAAGGGCAUGUGUGUGUGUGUCAUGGCUAUCUGUGCAUGAUGUUAGAAGUGGGGGUGAUGCAGGGCAGGUCCACCAAGUACACCUGUAACACAUGCCUGCUUGAAGUGGUAGAACAAGCUUUGAACGCAAAUGCCUCAGAGAUGGAGGCGUAUCUGGGGAGGCGAGGCUGGGAGGGGUGAAAGUAGGUGCUCUCUGACCAUAUCCUUGGGCUUGUUUCCUUCCCUCCCAGAGCUCUUCCAAUAAAACCUUCCAAACGCC